AUGUCUUUGCCCUCUGCUGCCAUCAUCGGCUCGACCGGCCUGGUCGGCUCAAAUAUCCUUUCAACGCUGCUGGCCUCCGAGAUCUACAACCCUGUACAUACCAUCACUCGACGCGCUCCCAAGGCGACAUCACCUCACCUCAAUGCGAUAGUCGAUACCGAUACGGCCAAAUGGGCAGAGCUUCUCACAGGUCUCACGCCCAAGCCAUCUGUCGUUUACUCUGCACUGGGCACCACUCGCGCUCAGGCAGGCGGAAUCGCCAAUCAGUGGAAGAUCGACCAUGAUCUCAAUAUCGAACUCGCAAAGGCGUCCAAGGCUGCAGGUGUCUCGACCUUCGUAUUCAUCUCCAGCGCUGGAACACGGUCUCUGCUCUCCUCAUCUUCGCCUUACGCCAAAAUGAAGAACGGGGUUGAAGACGCGAUCAAGGAACUCGACUUUGAGCAAGCCGUGAUUCUCAAGCCCGGUAUGAUCCUCGGCCACCGAGAGGCCAGCCGCACAGUGGAGGGUAUUGCUCAAGGGGCAGUCAACGGUCUUGGCCAUCUCAGCGCUGGUAUCAGAGAUACCUUGGGUCAAGAUGCUGAUGUCAUUGCGAAGGCGGCUGUGAGGGCUGCGCAGUUGGCGAGUGAGGGAAAGGCGCCGAGUAAAUACUGGAUUCUUGGUGGAAGCGACAUUAUCGAGUUGGGAAGGACUGAGUGGCCGGGUAACCAGACUCCCACGGAGACGAAGCCCGAGGCUGCUGCGUAG